AUGUUGAUAAGUUCCGCUAACGCGAUCAGCGUUCGGGUCUCUACGCGACCGUUUCCGCACCCCCCUCUUUUUUUUUCUUCUCGUUUUAAGCGGAAAAAAGUGAAAAAUAUCAACGUGAAAAAUUGGAAAUGCUGCAAUUAUAAGACAAUCACAUUUGUCAUAUCUCUCUCUCUCUCUCUCUCUCUUAUUCUCUUUCUCUCUUAUUCUCUCUCUCACACACGUUCUCUCUCUCCCAUUCUGUCUCACUCUCUCUCAAUUUCUCUCUCUCUCUCUCUCUCUCACUCUCAAACAUCUAUCUAUCUAUCUAUCUAUCUAUCUAUCUAUCUAUCUAUCUAUCUAUCACUUAUAAAUUUUCCUUUUGACCUUUCUAUGAUUCUUUCUAUCUUUCUCUCGCCCUUUGUUUGUUUCAACCUUUCUCUCGACCUUUUUUUUGUUUAUUUCAACGUUUCUUUCACUUUUUUCUACCUCUCGCUCUUUCUUCUUUUCUCUCGCCCUUUCUUUCUUUCUUUCUUUCUUUCUUUCACACCCGCCACUUCUUUGUUCAUUUCGACAUUUCUCACCCUUUUUUUUUUCUUUCGCAAUUACUUGUUUAUUUCGAUCUUUCUGUCGCCCUUUCAUUCUCUUGCCCUUUAUUUAUUUCUCUGGCCCUUUCUUUUUUCGACCUUUCUCUCGUUCUUUCUUUUGACCUUUCUUUUUUUAAUCUCGCCCUUUCUUUGUUCCUUUCGACCAUUCCCUCAUCUUUUCUUUCUCUCGACCUCCCGCUUUCAUCUACCACACUUUUAA